AUGGCGUUGGAGUCCCCCCCAUCCCCGGUCCAGAACUCCCCUCGCGUCACCCGGAAGUAUUCGCGGAUCCUUCCACCCAGUUCAAUAAAACAAAGCCACCGGGCCGAGCGGACUUCCGACGGCUCGGCGCCCGCGGAGCUGAAUGUCCGGGCGGCGGCCGCCCCAGGCGGAGGCUCCGGCUGCGGCUGCCGCUCGUCCGCCGCCUGCUCGGGCCGCCGCUGCCGCCGCGCGGCGCGCACAGCCGGGGCUUGCGUGACACCAGGCCCCGGCCCCGGGCCGCGGGAGGAGGAAAUUCCCUACAAAAUAGCAGUGGUUCCGAGAAAAGGAUCACAACAAAAUAUUGAAUAA